ACAACGAACGCCGCGAAGGUCGGUUGUGUUUUCUUCCCCGUUCGGGAGUUUCAAGUUCAACAGAUACCGUUGUCUUAAGAACAGCUUUCGCGUUCCGCUUUUCGUGUUCUCCCAUGAAGUGCUUCGUAGACGCCCGAAUCCCGCUAUGCUGGAUGCCAUGGAAUCGCGCAUAACGUUUGAAGUGCCUAGCAGUUUGGAUUUCGAUAAGUUGAUUCGUGAUAAUAAUUAUACGCUGUUUUGGCAGAAUUUGCACGGUGAACCGAGCCGUGACCUGGGAAGUGAACGACUAUCAGUGCCGGGGGACCGUAACUCGAGUGAUUUCAGUCUGAUGAGCAGUUUGCAGCACUUUGCCGGUGCCCGCGGCGGGGUCGAUGGGUGGGGGUUGAGCUUUGGGGCGGCCAGUGGGGGCGGGGGGAGUCAAGUUGAGGGGCCACUUGUGGAUCCGAGUUUACUGUGGAUUGGAGCCGUGAUGGUGCUGCUGAUUCUGUCCGGGCUGUUUUGCGUCUGUUCUUGCUAUUUGUACUACAAAUACCGGAGAUGGCAAAAAUGUGUUUCUUCGGCCACCUGCCAAACACUUACGAGCGUGGACAUCGAGGCGCCGCCCCCGUACGACAUUGAAACCCUACCCUCCUACACGAUUGCAUCCGGUUUGCCAAGUUACGAGGACGCAAUACGGCACAUUGUUCGCCAGCAGCAGCAAUCACGCACUUCAGGAGGCUAUCAGCCAGCAACAUCAGUUCAGAAACCGAGGACGGCCUGCAGCAAUAACCACAACGCUGUCAGCAUCCAUCCGCAGACGGUGGUCAAGUUCUUCGAAUCCAGACCGGAAAAUUGGCUCAAUGUCACCGUUUUCGAGGAAAUCCAUUACAACUUUGUCGGGCGAGGGACUUCCGUUGCGGAUCCUGCUGGGAUGUCCGCCGAAGGACACACCAAUAAAGCAGAAGAGGCUAUUUCCGAUGGGUCGUCACAGGAUGAAUCCUCCAAAUCUACUGCCAGUGACGGCAGCAACGGCCUGUUCCGAGUUCAAAUUUGCAUGGUGGAUGAGAACGAAAAAAACCAAUCAUGCAAUCGAUGAGAAGAUGAAAGGUACGAAAUUCAUCCUCGUGGACAGCCGACGGAUUCGAAGAUUAACUGUGUUAUUUAUGGUUUAGUUUCGUGUUUAAGUUCAGAGAAGGAAGACUGUGUGCGCGUGUAUUUUUUUGUACAUAAUUCAUGACUAGAAGAGAGAGACCGGGGAACUCAGAUGUAUUUUAUCUACCUGGAAAGAAUUAUUGAUUGGUGUGCCCAACAGGAAAAUAAGUUUUGAAAAUAUGAUCAAUUCCUACCAUGGAGUGUGCGUGUGUAUUUGAUACCCAUGUAUUAUGGAGCAAGACUGAGAAAAUAAAUUAUAUUUUUUUCCAUGUGCGGAAUAAAA